UGUACAGCACAAACAGGACACAUGCGGUGAGAAAACUUUAAUUCAAGAGACGGAGCAAAUGAACAGCCCAACAUUGCAGAAAGAGUCGAGCAGAGGAGGAUUAACCAUUUCCACACGGCUUCAGGAUUCCAAUUGAUUUCCAAGGAUUACCCUUUUGUUCACCCUGCCAUCAGACACUGAACUGGUUAGAGACUUUUUGGACUUUGGACAAAGUCUGGAGUUUCAACAGCAACCAACAAUACAGCAGGCUAGGAAGGACUGUAUCGGAUGUACACCCCCUUCCCUCUCUCUCUUCAAACUGGACAUUUAACCUCUCAGCUACAGCCUUCUCAUCAGGAAUUGGAAGUCGAUUGAGGCAAAGACACACAGAUUACAAGCACAACGAGCACAACGAGCACAACUGAGGAAGGUGACUCAUAAGAAGAAACACCUCAUGUUUGUCUUCCACCGAAAUGGAAAUGAAAGUAGAGUAACAGUUGAUUGACAGAGGCGUUAGUACUUGAAGAUAUCUGAGGUUGUUACAGCUGUCUUCACAUCUGUCAAACGAUUCAGCUAAUACCACAUCAAACUGUCCACGAUGUCUGAUUAUAUGCCCAUCGUUUUCUUUGACCUGGAGACCACUGGAUUAGACAACGGCUGUGACAUCAUCCAGUUGUCUGCCACCUGUGGAAAUGAUGUCUUUGACGUCUUCACCGUCCCCCGCUGCCCCAUCUCUAAGAAAGCCGCAGAAGUCACAGGUUUCACUGUCAGUUAUGACAUCCUGUUUCGCAAUGAGACUGAGAUAGACACUAUCCCUCUUGAAGAAGCUCUCACCUCCUUUAUUGAAUACCUUGGCUCCUUCGGCAGCCCAGUGGUGCUGGCGGCCCACAAUGCAAAAAGGUUUGAUGCACGUGUGCUCACCAGAGUGCUGCAAGAGUUCUACCUUGAGGAUGAGUUCGAUAAGGUGGUGUAUGAGUUUCUGGAUACCUUACUGCUAAGCAGGAAAUGCUUUACUAAUCUCCACAAACACUCUCUGAUGUCCUUGGCCCUCUGUUUUCUAAAAAAUUCCUAUGACGCCCAUGACGCUUUAGAGAAGGCCAAGGUGCUGCAGAAGCUGUUCAACAUAUGGAGUAGAAGAACUGAAAUCGCAAGAUCUACCUUCAAGAUGUCCAAAGUGUUUUAAAAAAACUACAGAAAAAAACAAAGAGUCAAUCUGGCUGUUUUGUUUUGUUCUCAUCAUAUUCCCUAAUAUUUUGGACUUUCAGAAACAAAUUACGGGUAAAAAUUCAAACUCACAGAUAUGUAAUGUUCAUUCUGUAUAAUGCUGUAUAUUAGUGUUGUCCUCUUUUGUCAUUCAGUAAAACACAACCAUUAAACUUUGAUUUAAUUCUUCUAGACAA